AUGCUUCCAUCGUUGUCAUGGCUGACCAGAAUCACGCGAUCAGCACAAUGUCUCCUACGACCUCAAGUUCGUCGGCGGACACUGGCAAGUGUUGUCAACUCCCCUUCGCCAGUGGUUCGUGAAGAGGCUAUACGCCUCCGGGAGUACCAAGAAGAAUGCAUACAAUCUGUGCUAUCAUACCUGCGCAAGGGACAUAAGCGCCUGGGUAUCUCCCUUGCCACAGGAAGUGGGAAGACGGUCAUAUUCACCCAACUAAUUGAUCGCAUCGAGCCGCCCACCCCGUUUGCGCAGCAGACCCUCAUCCUCGCCCACCGGCGAGAACUGGUCGAGCAGGCGGCCCGCCACUGCGAAAGAGCGUACCCGGGAAAGAGCAUAGAAAUUGAGAUGGGCGAAACACACGCUACAGGAGCCGCGGACAUCACGAUCGCAUCAGUCCGCAGCAUGGUCUCCGGGGACCGCCUGAGCAAAUAUCGCCCAGACAGAUUCAAGCUCGUCCUCGUUGACGAAGCCCACCACAUCGUCGCGCCAGGGUACUUGCAGGUGCUAGCGCACUUCGGUCUGGAAGAGAAGAAGGACACCAGUCCCGCACUGGUCGGCGUCUCUGCGACAUUCUCGCGAUUCGACGGUUUGCGGCUGGGCGCCGCGAUCGACCACAUCGUCUACCACAGGGAUUACGUCGACAUGAUUGGCGAAAAGUGGUUGUCCGACGUGAUGUUCACAACGGUCAAGUCCAAGGCCGACCUCUCCCGCGUCAAAUCCGGCAGGGACGGCGACUUCCAGACAGGCCAGCUCUCAGACGCAGUCAACACAGAAAUUACCAACGACAUCACGGUCAAGGCAUGGCUCUCUGAAGCCGCCGACAGGAAAUCAACACUGGUAUUCUGCGUAGAUAUCGCGCAUGUCACAAGCCUGACGUCUACAUUUCGCAAACACGGCAUCGACGCACACUACAUCACUGGCGCGACGAAGAAGAAUGUACGCGCCGAGCGUCUCGAGGCGUUCAAGAACCGCGAGUACCCCGUACUGCUCAAUUGCGGUGUUUUCACAGAGGGUACCGAUAUGCCUAGUAUCGACUGCGUGCUGCUGGCACGACCGACGAAAUCCCGCAACCUGCUCGUCCAGAUGAUCGGUCGGGGCAUGCGUCUCUACCCAGGCAAGACAGACUGCCAUGUCAUCGACAUGGUCGCGUCGCUUGAGACAGGGAUAGUCACAGUGCCGACCCUCUUCGGCCUCGAUCCAUCUGAGAUGGUUCAAUCCGCUAAAAUGAACGACAUGAAGGACCUGAAAGAGAAACGGGAACGUGAGCCAGACACUGCUCCAGCAUCUCAAGUCACAGGAGCGGUGAAUGCAGCGGCCCUAGGUGACCACCGUCUCGACUUCACUCACUACGAAACAGUUCAAGAUCUGAUCGAAGACACUUCAGGCGAGCGGCACGUGCGCGCCAUGUCGCCUAACGCCUGGGUCCAAGUCGAUUCGCACAAGUACAUCCUUGCAGCGAGGGGCGGGAUUCUUACGCUCGAGCGCCGCUCACCCACUGCCUCCAGCUCAUCAGAGAAGUCCAGUCCAAGUCAUGUAGUCAUAUGGAAACAUAGCAUCCCCAUGACCGAAGCGAGUAAAUCCCCCUGGUCACGUCCGCGGACCGUUGUAACUGCGUCGACACUCUCCGACGCCCUCCACGCCGCAGAUACAUUCGCCAGCACCAAAUUCGAGCGCAUUUUCAUCGCGACCAGCUCACCCUGGCGAAGGGGUCCCGCGUCAGAAGGACAGUUACAAUUCCUCAAUCGUCUGCGCGGGGUGACUGACGAUGAUGCACCGCCACUGACGGGAGAGGAUAUCACGAAGGGUCAGGCUGGAGAUAUGAUCACGAAGAUCAAGUUUGGGGCGAGAGGACGCUUUGAGAAGCUGCAGAUGAAGAGGAGGAAAAGUGACAAGGAAGUCGAGAAGGGACGGAGACUCAAAGAGAUGAGGGAUCGCGAGACAGUUCAGGUCGGGCCCUUAGAGGCAUGA